AUGUCGGGGGCCAUCUUCGCGCCCCCCGAGGGCGCGGGCGCCCCGCUGGCCUGCCCGCUGUGCCGCGCGCGGUACGAGCGCCCCUGCCUGCUGGACUGCUUCCACCACGCCUGCGCCGCCUGCCUGCGCGGCCGGGCCCGCGAGGGCCGCCUGGCCUGCCCGCUGUGCCAGCACCAGACCCUGGUGAAGGGUCCCGGUGGGCUCCCACCCGUGGACCAGCUGCUGCAGUUCCUGGUGGACAGCUCCAGAGACCGCAUGGAGGUGGUGAACUGUGUCAACUGUGGCCUGGAGUGCAGCAAGGAGGACGCUGAGACCACGUACUUCUGUAACACCUGCGGGCAGCCGCUGUGUGCUCACUGCCGUGAAGAGACGCACAGGGCACGCAUGUUUGAGAGCCACAACAUCGUGGCCCUGGGCCAGAGAAGCCACGAUGUCAUCCAGAAGUGCUCUCUUCACGGGGAGCCUUUCAUCCUGUUCUCCAUGGACAAGAAGUCUUUGUUGUGCAUCCGUUGCUUCCGGGACCUGCAGGGGGAGAGCCGGGCCCACUGCAUGGACCUGGAAUCCGCUUACCUGCAGGGCUGCGAGCGGCUAGAGCAGGCAGUCAUGGUGAGCGCAGCGGUGAAGGCCCUGCAGAAGGCCACUCGGGAGGCCAUGGAGCUGCUGCAGGCCAUGGUGGAGGAGGUGCGUCGUAGCGCUUCCGAGGAGGAAGCAGCUAUCCACACCCUCUUCAGCAGCUUGCAGGACAAAUUGGCAGAGAGAAAAGCUUUGCUACUACAGGCUGUGCAGAGCCAAUACGAAGAGAAAGACAAGGCUUUCAAGGACCAGCUCUCCCGCCUAGCUGCCUUGCUGCCCACCCUGCAAGUUCACCUGGUUAUCUGCUCCUCCUUCCUCAGCCUGGCCAACAAGGCUGAAUUCCUGGACCUGGGCUAUGAGCUGAUGGAGAGGCUGCAGGGCAUCGUGGCGCGGCCGCACCGUCUACGGCCAGCUCAAAGCAGCAAGAUCGCCAGCGACCACCGCGCCGAGUUCGCGCGCUGCCUGGAGCCGCUGCUGCCGCGCACGUGAGCGGGGCGUCGGGGCGCCGGGCUCCGGGCUGCGGGGCGGGGCGGCUCGAGCCCGGGGCUGGCCGGGGGCUCCGGACGCCAGGCGCUGCGGGGGCCCCCAGGGUCGCCGGUCCCGAAACCCUCGCCGCACCGAGCCGUCAGCACCCAGGUGCUGCUGGCCGAGGGCGCGGACACGCCCUUCACCGAGCACUGUCGGCGCUACGAAGAGUCCUACCGGGCGCUGCAGGGGGAGGUGCAGAGCCUGAAGGAUCAGGUGCAGGAGCUGCACCGCGACCUCACCAAGGCCGAGAUCAUGGGGGACAGCCUGCGCAGGUCCCUGCAGCUGGACGCGCAGAUCGCCUCCGAGUUCGCCUCCGUGGAGGGCACGAGAGCUGUCUUCCAGGAGAUUUGGGAAGAAUCCUACCAUCACGUGGCUAAGGAGCAGGAGAUUUAUGAAGCCCAGCUCCAUGACCUUCUCCAGCUGAAGCAGGAGAAUGCCUACCUGACCACCAUCACCAAGCAGAUCACGCCCUAUGUUCGUUCCAUCGCCAAGGUGAAGGAGCGGCUGGAGCCCAGGUUCCAGGCACCUGUAGACAAGCAGUCAGAGCACCUGCAGGACGCAUAUGAUGACAGCAGGAACACUGAGGUGCUGGCCAGGAGUGAUCCAGUAAGUAUCACAGAUGAGAGAGGGGCAUCUGAACUUAAAGCCAACAGCAGGGCCCUGAGUGGCUUCUCAGACCUGACACCCACCAUGGAGAGCACCCAGCCCCACCCUGACUUAGUACGCUGGGCCUUCACCAGCCUGCUUCACUUUUGUCUGUGCUCCUAUGGCACCAAGAGAGUGACACAGUCGCCCGAGUGA